AUGGCAGUUAUUAUCGAUGAUGGGGUUCCCAUUUCUUCAAGGCAAUGGGAAAGUGCAGAAGCUCAAUCUGUAAAAGUUCAGUCAAAACCUAUACCAAGAAAAAACAAGGUUGUACCCGAUAAAAAAAAAAGGGGGAAGAAACAUCUUACUGAUGAGGAUGCUUACGUGAAAUUUCAAGCUCUGUUUGGUAGGAGUAGCGCCAGGAAUGAUUACAUGGAACAAAUUCCCGAUCAUGAAGCCGAUAUGUUGAGCCUAGUUGAGCACGACCGUCACUUUGCUCUCGGAACAGACGUAAAAAUUCACAAGAAGAGAAAAAGCAAACUUCAGGAGUUCUCUAUCUCUUCCGGCAAACACAAAAAGGUCAGAACUGUUAAAAAGCAAACUGACCUUACUUCCAAGCGACAAAUGGAUGGCCAGGUUGUUGGCUCAUCUGCUCCAACUAUUCAAGGAGGAAAAGGCAAAAAGUUGCUCGAAAGGAUGGGUUGGAGCGGUGGUAUGGGUCUUGGAUCUGAGAAUCAAGGCAUAACGGACCCAGUUGCAGCAGUUGUGAAAAACAACAAGCGCGGAUUGGAGUGA